AUGUCAAGAUUAUUAACUAAUUCAAUACGUUCAACAUUAUCAAAAAGAAUUGUUUCUCAAAAUUUGAAAAUCAAAACAAACUCAACUUUUUUCAAAUCAUUACCAAUUAUUGCAACCACUCCUGUAAGAUCAUUUCAUUAUUCACCAAUUAGAUUCAAUAGUAAUGAUACUCCAGAAUUAGCAUUAGAUGAAGUUAUUAAAACCGAAAGCAAGAUGGUAGAAGCUAUCCCAAAUGAAUUAGAUAACGUAUAUCAAGAAUUUUUAAAACAAUCUGGUUUUAAAUUAAUAUCAAAUCCUGGAAAUGCUAACGUAGAAUUAGUAAAAACUGAUUCAGCUACAGGUAAUAAAAUUCAUGUAUAUUUUGAUAUUGAUGAAGUUACAGAUAUACCAACUGAAGAAUUAACAGAGGUUGAAGAUUUAGAAAAUGAAGCUUCAGCAUUAGAUCAAAUAUUAUGUAAUGUUAAAAUUUUAAUUGAAAAUGAAUCAAAAAACAGUGGGUUAUUCUUGAAUUUAUUUUUACAAAACACAGAAUCAAGUUUUAUGAUAGAUUUCGUAAACGUUUCUAAUGACGUUAAACAAUUUUUAUCAAAUAUAACAAAAGAUAAUGAAUUUAUUGAUAAAUUUAAUUAUCAAGGUCCAAAGUUUGCUGAAUUAGAUGAAUCAUUACAAACUGAAUUUGAAAAUUAUUUGGUUGCAAAGGGAAUAGAUAAUGAAUUGGCUGAUUUUAUUGUUGCUUUUAGUGAUUUUAAAGAAGAAAAUGAAUAUAGAGGUUGGUUAAAUGACGUUUCAAAAUUUUUAAAUUAA